AUGAAUGCCUGGCUAGCCGACGGCUCGAACCUUCCAGGUCAUGAAAAUGGUGCUUUCCAUCCCUCGACGAUUGAUCCGUCUGCCGCAUUUCUCCAUCCGUCCCCGACCCCCCAGGACCCCAACCAGUUUCAACAGCAGCGAAUGUUCAGCAAUGGGGUCUCGCGAAAUGUCUCCCCGGGCUUCCACAACCCAAACCAGGUGAUUCCGUCAAAACGACCGCGUCCGGAGGAUGGGAUGUCGAUGUCCCCCAGACCGGCAUCGGGCUCGCUUUCAGCCUCGCGAUCCCAGACCCCCCAACAAGUCCCCUUCCCUGGGUACCAGGCGCCAAACAGCGGAGCACCGCAGUUCCCCGCUCAUCCAACACCCUACCAGCACCUCCAGCAGGGUGCUCCUAGCAACGUCACACAGUCUCCGAUCAUGCAAGAGUUUGAUCAGACCGCCGCCCAGAGGAUGGGUACGGCGUCCCCUAGCCCGUUUUCACCGGCUGGCCACAUGGGACCACAGAUGUCUCCAUCGCAGUCCGAUCACAGUAAUCGAGUGAACACGCCGCAGGGCGCCGCCAAUUUCAUGUCGGCGGGUCAGCCGUUUCCACAGGGGGUGGGCUCGCAGUUCUCGCCACCCACCGCAAUGACCUCGGGCGCUGUGCAGGCACCGAUGCCUGCCCAAUUCAGUGGCGUACCCCAAGGAUACCAACAAGCCCUGGCCGCCCAGCAACAACGACUGUAUGCCAUGCAGAUGCAGAACCAGGCCCGUCCGAUGAACGCCGCCGGGAACCCUGCCCUGGCAGGCCGUCCCGGCAGCAGUGGCAUCAAUCCGAUGGCCAACCCUCAGCAAAUGGCGGCCCUGAGACAAAGCAUGGCCAAGCCCACCAACCCCGAAGGCUUCAUGAGGUCCCUCCAAAAGUUCAUGAUCACUAGGAACCUGCCUCUGGAUCCCAGUCCGGUCGUGAGCGGUCGCCAUAUCAGCUUGGUGCAACUAUAUGCCACCGUCAUCAAGCUUGGCGGCUCCAAGAAGGUCACUGCCUCCCAGAUGUGGCCUGCAAUCGCGCAGCAGCUUCAAUUCCCCCCCAUGCAAUUCCCUAUGGCAGUCCAGGAGAUCCGGGACCAUUACCAACGAAACCUAGCUCCCUACGAACAGGCAUUACUCAGCUCUCAACAUAAACCGUUUACCGAUCAGAUGCAACAAGGUGCUAUCCCGCGCCAGCCUAGCGACCCAAGCGGGUUACAGUUCCAGUCCCCGACGGUAAAACCGGGCGCCGGCUUCGAGCCCGCACAACAACUCGCGCAUUCACCGACAGCCAACGCCGCAUUAUCGAACAAUAUGCCCCACGUUGGUCCAAACGGCUUCGCGACCCCCACACCAGUCAAGGGCCAGAAUAGUAGUAAUAAUCAUAAUAACAACAUCAACAACAAUAGACAACCACAACAUCAAUCAAGACCCAGCGUCUCCCGGCAUUCGCAACCGCCGACGCCCCAGCAGGAUUCCCCCGGACUUGUUUCGGGGCCCUCGCCCGCACACCCGGUGAAGCCAGAGCCGGUAUCCAUGCCCGGGAAGCCUCCAGGCGAAGCAGACCAACAUUGGGAUGAGCCUCUCAAACAUCCCAUCGGAGAUACCUUCAAACCGAUGGUCUUACACGCAAGCGACGUGUAUGGGCCAAUCGCGUUGGAAGAUCUCUAUCAGAUGGGAGAAGACAUUUCCCGCUGGCGGCCCAACGUGCCCACCUUUGUGGAACUGGGGGUGAUUGACAUUCACGCCCUCACCAUGAGCAUCAAGUCUGGAAUCCAUGCGGAGAUGCGAAUGGCCCUGGAUACGCUCACCACGAUCUCCUCGGAGCCAACGGUCCAGAUCUCCCUGGACAACUGCGAGGACCUUGUUGAGAGCUUGGUCGAAUGUGCCGAAGACCAGGCAGAGCUGUUGGCGGAGAAUUCAGUCGAAGUUUCGGACGAAUUGCUCCUGCCGACGUACGAAGAGGUCACGCGGGGCUGUCAGACAGAAUUCACCUCUCUGGCAGACGUCCCCGAGUUCGGGAGUGUGGAGUACGAACUCGACCGGGCUGCCGACCGGCUCAUCUGCAUCACCACCAUCCUGCGGAAUUUCUCAUUCACAGAGUCAAACUUCAACAUCUUGGGAAUCCCCGCGGUUAUCAAAUUCCUCGCCACCAUCGUCCGCUAUCUGGGAACCCGGAACAUGUUCAUGCGAACGCAUCAAAACACCUUAGACUUCAUGAAGGAUGCCGUGAUCUGUUUGAGUAACAUCGGGCAUACGAUCCACUUACCGGGCAAAGAAGAAACUCUCUGUCUCGUGCACUUUCUCCUCUCCUUUGCGCCCUCUCCUGCCCCGAUCGUGGCUCCCGAGGGUAUCUAUUUCGCAACGUACAACUCGUCCAUCCACAAGUAUACACCGGCGGCAGUGGACUGCUUGGCGAAGUUGUUGGCAAGAGACGACCCGAACCGAACGUACUUCCAGGCCUUGUUUGCCGGUGACGGCGUACCGUCAUUACAGCAAGACCUCCUCACCCGGGCAUUUGGCUUGGCUAUCUGUUCCAUUCCGGACCAGCCUCGCAAGUCUGUUGGAAUUCCUGAUUCACGCAAGGUCUUCCUGAUGCAAGGCCUGUUGGCAGCCGACGUUCUCACGACGUUUGCCGAUGGCAGUCUGUCCAGGGCUUGGCUAGGAUCGGUGGAUGGAUUUGCCAUUCACCUCCUUCGACUCUCUUGCCUACUGGGUACGGAACGCGUAUUACCAAUGAACCAGCGCUCUACAUCCGCCGCUAGAGGGCAAAUGGAAGCAGACGCGUAUACCUACGGUUCGAUUAUCCAUCGUGGAUUGGCCAUCCUUCGUCGGCUGGCCGAGAAAUCGAAGAAUAUGGACAGCGCCUCGAGCAUGGGCAUUCCCUCUGGUGUUAUUCCCCGCAAAGAGAGUCUGCUCGGAACCUUGUUGAUGCCGAAUGUUGAUCCCAUCAUCAUCCGUCAGCUCCUCACUUACGCUCGAAUUGGAGAUUAG